AAUAAUGGAGCUCAACCCUGCAAACCGGUUGUUCAGGCUAUGUCUGUGUGCGAACUAAAAUAUUCACACUAAGGACACUGCUAACAAGACACCGCUACAAGGCCCUGCUCCAUAAAAUUUGCUGUUUGCGUCUUUGCAUUUGGUGUGUAGACUAGCGGAACCGGAUAUGACGAAUGACGACUCGUCCGUCUAUUACGACGAGUAUCUAAACAGGCCGGUUUUGGACGAGCUCCAAUCCGAGGCGGACCUGGAGUUUUCUGGCCCGAUUCGGGGACGCCGUGACUCUAUAGGUAUGAUAUCAGAAGGUAGAGGCGCGAGGGAUGUUUACGAGCGUAGAAAACAAAUGGCGACAUAUGGGGAUAGUCAACUGACAAGGUCUACUCAGUAUCCUGUCAAGCAUUUAAUGACCAUUCCUGUCGACCGAGGCAAAGAGGAAGAAUCCGUUCAAGAUGCACUUCUUCGCCUGGACCGCAUGGAGGCGCGCGGAGAACUCUGGAUCCAGGACGCCGUUCUUGACGUCGGCGAUGACGUCAGACUCGUGGACCAGGGAACGGGAGAACUGUUAGAGAAUCUCGAUCCCAGGUUCAUCCAGAUGAACCGUUCCCAGCGCGGGCCGGGCAGUCUGUCGGACCUGUUCCUCCUGGUGUACCAGAGCCCGGACUCCAGGAAGGAAGAGCUCUUCGUCUUCCAGUGCGACGAAUAUCCCUCAGACGUCCUCAACAACGAGAUAUCUAAAGUCAUGGACAGGCCUGACUUGAAUGGGUACGAUAUGGCGCCUCUACGGAACUCCCUGCCAGCGAUCCAACCCCGCGCUCCAUCCGUACGGGAUGAUGACCUCCCCCCGCUCACCAUCGCUGGUCCUCCCGCAGCCAUCAUCCCCUACUACCCGCCCUCUCGUCCCACGGAGACCAGCUACGUUUCAAAGAGUUUCGGGCCGCCGGUGUCCGCCGUGUCGCAACCCUACGUCGCCGCCGAACCACCAAUCCCCGUGCAGGACGUGACCCACCAGUACCGUUACUAUGACGACGCGAACAAAGAGAUUGUAAACGUGGUGCACCUGGACUCCGCGCCAAAGGCCAAGACCAAGGACGAGUUCCUGACCGACCGUUACGUCGACAUUUUGAAUCACGUCAUCGAUGAGAUCGAGGCGUUCUCGCUAGAUCUGGACCAGAUGUUCUACAUGCCGCGCCCAGAGGCCGGACCGUACGGCAGGGGGAGGAGCAAGAAGAGGAAACGGGGGAAGAAAGGACAGGUCCAAUAUGUGGCCCCUCCACCUCCCAUGACCCCGGCCCCCAACACCCAUGACUAUGCUGACGUCCUGGGAAAGUUUAAGUACGCUUUUAACCUAGCGACUCGCGUCAGAGCCUACAUCAGGAACCCCAAUGCAGCGGAGCUGAUCCACAUGUUGUUCGGGAUGUUACGGCGAGUGGUGCAGACGUGUCCGGACCCUGACCUCCCCCGCCAGGUGGUAUCGCCCCUGCUGACGUUAGACGCCGUCAGACUCAUCCCCUCCGCCACCAUCACAGAGGACGUCACCUUUUGGAGGUCACUCGGACCAGCAUGGACAACACCCAGGGAAGAAUGGCCGUACGAUGAGUACGUCCCGCCGUACUUGCCGAGGUUCCGGGACGGCUGGGCGCCCGCGCAGGUCGCCGACGAGAUCAACCUGCCGAUCCACCCGGACCUGCCGUCCGUGGGCGCCACUCACACGGCAAGGGUCGUCCCCAAGGCAGCGGAGAGCAGCAUGCAACGAGCAGCGUCCCUCGACAGACUGGACCAGCUAGACGCCCAGCCUGAACAGUUACCAGUUAGUGAGCCGUUUGAACAGAACGGCUACCGGAUUGAGGAUGACCAGACGUCGAUGGCAACCACAAACACACAAAGGUAUCGCUCGGUCUCCGCGUCCCGACAAGGUUCCCGCCACGGUACCCGCGGGCCCCACUGUAAGGCCCGGGUGUCGUUUGACGCGCGCAACUCCCACGAGCUCAGCAUCGUCAAGGGGGAGAAGUUAGAGAUCAGGGACGCCUCACGGCAGCGGUGGUGGCGCGUACGGAACAGGGCAGGGGACGAGGGCUUCGUCCCGUCAAGUUUCAUCGACCUAGGAGAUGGGACGAGUAGGGCCGCCAGCGUAGCGAGCAGUGUACGGGCGCGGUCCAGUCACGGUCGGAGCCGCAGUCGGAGCCGGAGCCGUAAGCGGGCCCCGUCCGUGCCCCGUGAGGCGGUGGGGACGUACUCAGUCCCACCGUCCGAAGCAGAAGCCCUCAGUGUACGAUCCCGAAGACGACGCAAAAGCGGGGAUAAACGGUCGAGAUCACGGUCGGAAGGGAAGAGACGAUCACGGUCGUCGAAAUCACGUUCUGGAUCGCGACGCAGAUCGAGGAGCAGGAGCAGGGGGACUCAGGUUGACGAGCCAGGACCAGUGACGCAUGAUGACGAUGAUGAUGAGGGCCUGACGUAUGACUCCUCCCCGGAUGACGUGCGGCUGUGGCUGAAGAAGAACGGCUUCAGUCGUAACGCUAUGGACUACCUCGGAGUUCUGACGGGCACGCAGCUCUUCAGCCUCACCAAGGCGGAGCUGCAGCUGGUGUGCGGGGAGGAAGGCGGGAAGGUGUAUGAAGCCAUGACACACGUCAAGUCUAAAAUACAGGGUGGCAAGACUAGACAUUAAAGUUUUCUCGCCUUUAUCUAUUUUAUUAGGUAGCCUGGGUGCCAGACCCACAGCACACUAGGCUCAAAGUUUUCCAGUGUUUAGUGUGCUGCCCCGGUAUCCAGGCUAAGUCCCUGUCACACAUUCAGGACUUUCCCAGACCUUAUCCACGACCACCAGCCAAGGUUGGCUGAAGUUCGAGAACAUUCUGAUCAUAUUAAGGCCACCCCUACCUUUUCAUACGAAUUGAAAGCAAAUUUGAGUAAAUUUUAGUCAAAUUUGACCCCCAAACACUGCUGACCUACUCCCGAUAGCCGAAGACCAGCCAACCACCAGCCAACCAUGGUCGAACCUCCCAUCCACACCCAAAUGUUGUAAAUAGUUUAAAAGCCGAACAGUAGUCGACUUUGCCGAGCACCAACCGACCGACGACGUUUUAUUGAGGUUAUAUUCGGCUUUGUGUGACAGGGGCUUAAAGGCAUCCAAUGCAGUUU